AACUUGAGAGAUUACUUGAUCUCAUCAACAAUGGCGGUUCCACCAUCUUCUCCAAAAUCCAACACACCUUUCUUCGUCGUAUCUCUUGCUAGCCACAACUCCAAUCCGAUCAUCCCUGAUGCGUUUUUUACCACUCACUUAGACGGUAAUAACGAGUUAACGAAACUGAAGUUGACCUCUGACGCUUGCGACACAACCUGGCAAGUCAAACUGAACGGCCGGAGAUUCGCCGACGGCUGGGAAGAUUUCUCCAACGCUCACUGUCUUCGAAACGACGACGUUUUGCUUUUCAGAGAGGACGGGGAAAUGAUCUUCCACGUCACACCUUCCGGAAGAAGUUUCUCUCAGAUUCAUUAUAUAUCUUCUAGCUCUGACGAUAGUGAAGCUGACGAAACUGAUGACAACACUGAUGAUGAUGAUCAUGAUGAUGAGACAUGGGACAAAGUUUCAUACUCUAGAAACUAUUCACCGAAGAAGAGAUCAAGAUUAAAAACAGAGUCGUCUUCAAUUGAAAACUCUUGUAUUCUCGGCGUCACGAGUUCUAAUCUACGCCUGAAUCGAGUGGCUCUCGCAAAAAGUUUUACUAAAGCAAAUGGACUGCACAAGAGUUGGUGUGAGAUUAACGUAAUGAAUCAAAGUGGAAAAUCAUGGGUUAUGGGUCUGCGACACAACAAAGGGACUGGUCAGGAUUUUAUGCGUGGUGGCUGGAGAAGUUUCUGCCGUGCAAACAAGCUGAGAACCGGAUCUUUCUACCGGUUCGAAUUUGUCCUGACUAGGACAAGGCGUACGCUAAAGCUGUGUUCCAAAGCUAAAGUUUCGGCAAAACCUAACAGGGCAGGCCAGAGAUCUUCUAUGAACCGGAGCAGGUUUAUGACGGUAACCUUGAAGGCUUACAUGCUCAAGUCAAGACAGCUUCAUUUUCGAAACUCUUUUGCGAGGGAGAACGGGAUCAAGAAAGGAGGAAAGAUUAAUCUGGUGGACAAAAAUGGAGGAACAUGGCCGUCUUGUGUAGCGUCUGGGUAUGUAAACGGAGGGUUUUAUUUGGCUAAGGGUUGGAUAAGUUUUUGUAAAGCCAGUGGGAUAACAACUGGAGAGACCUUCACGUUAAAGUUUGUUCGAGAAAAAGGCAAAACUCCGAUGCUUCAGUUCUGCUCCAAGGCCAAGACCAAGGUGAACACAGAGACUAGGUUCCAAAAGAAAGCUAGCGUUUCUGUAGAAGGAGAACCCUCUCGCCGUACUCAUGCAUCACACAAAUCAACUGCUGAUUCACAAAACCUGGAGUGCAAGCAACCGCUUGAAACAAUCUAUCACCAAGUGAGACAGAGUAUGAUGAACGUUUUAGCUGAUGUAAGACGGUUCGGGUCGGAGCUUGAGAUAAAGGAACAAAAUUUAGAAGCUGUGCUGGAGGAAAUCGACCUGUUAGGGGAGAAAGUAUCGGAAAUCAACAAACUCUUCAAGUGAUUAUAUUAGGCUUAAAUGUAUUGUAUUGAAGAUGAAGAAAUUGAACAUGGAC